AUGUAUGAGGCCUGGCUUAAAAAUCCCUCGUCAGUUGAUAUGUCUUGGCAGGCAUACUUCAAGAAUAUGGAAGGAAUAAAACCGAUGCUUAACGUUCCAUUGACCGGUCCUGUCACGUCUGUUUCAACGAGUACUCAAUUUUCUAGCGAUUAUGAUAUAAGUGACCACAUGAAGGUUCAACUUUUAGUGAGAGCUUAUCAAGUUCGUGGGCAUCACAUUGCAAAGUUAGAUCCAUUAGAUAUUAAAAACUUGAGUUCAAUUCCGAAAGAACUCGAUCCACAAUACUAUGGUUUUUCGAAAAAAGAUCUUGAUAGGCAAUUUUAUUUGGGUCCUGGGAUAUUGCCCGGAUUUGCUGAAACUAAAGAGAAGAUGACACUUCAUGAAAUAGUUGAAUGUGGCACUAUAGGAAUUGAAUAUACUCAUAUUCUUGAUCGUGUACAAUGUGAUUGGAUUCGUGAUCGCAUAGAAAUUCCAAAACCAUACGAUUACUCAGGUGAAGAAAAGCGUAUGAUUUUAGAUCGGUUAAUAUGGUCUGAUUCGUUUGAAAGGUUUGUUUCCACUAAAUAUCCGACUGAGAAAAGAUUUGGCUUGGAAGGUUGUGAAAGUUUGAUUCCCGGCAUGAAAGCUUUGAUUGAUAGGUCUGUUGACCUUGGUAUAGAAUCAAUCGUGCUUGGUAUGGCACAUCGCGGUCGUCUCAAUGUACUCAGUAAUGUGGUUCGCAAACCUAAUGAAUCCAUUUUUUGUGAGUUCGGAGGUUCUGUUGAACCUUCAGAUGAAGGUUCUGGUGAUGUCAAAUACCAUUUAGGAAUGAAUUAUGUCCGACCAACUCCUUCCGGAAAGCGCGUACAUCUUUCUCUAGCAGCAAACCCAUCUCAUUUAGAAGCUGUCAAUCCAGUUGUACUCGGUAAAAUUCGUGCCCUUCAAUAUUAUAUGAAUGAUGAAAAAGAUCGUCAUCAUUCUAUGGCUUUAUUAUUACAUGGAGAUGCUUCUUUUGCUGCACAAGGAGUUGUGUAUGAAACAAUUGGUUUCCAUGAUUUACCAAAUUACACGACAGGUGGUACUAUCCAUAUAAUUAUAAAUAAUCAAAUAGGUUUCACUACGGAUCCUCGAUUUGCACGUUCAACUUCUUAUUGCUCCGACAUCGCUAAAGUUGUUAAUGCUCCUAUUUUCCAUGUUAAUGGUGAUGAUGCUGAAGCAGUGAAUUUUGUGUGCCAACUAGCCGCUGAAUGGAGGCAAACCUUCAAAAAGGAUUUCGUUGUUGAUAUUGUUUGCUACCGUAAAUAUGGUCAUAACGAAGUUGAUCAACCUAGUUUUACUCAACCAAGGAUGUAUAAACAGAUCGCUAAACAAACUCCCAUACUUGAUAAGUAUGUACAAAGACUUACAGCGGAACGCACAUUUUCAAUGGAAGAUAUUCAAAAGCAUAAAAAAUGGGUGUGGGGUAUGUUAGAAGAAAGUUAUACAAAAAGCAAGGAUUACAUACCUACGAGAUUUAAGUCUCCUAAAGAAAUUGCAGAAGAAAUUACACCUAUCUAUCCAACUGGAUCUACCCUUGAAUCUCUUAAACAUAUUGGACAAGUCAUUAGUUCCUAUCCAAAUAAUUUCCAUGUGCACUCGGGUCUUGUUAGAAUGCUUAAAGCUCGAGCUAAAUCAAUAGAAGAUGGUGAAAAUAUUGAUUGGUCCACCGCUGAGAGUCUUGCAUUUGGCUCCUUACUUCUUGAAGGAAAACAUGUUCGGUUGUCUGGUCAAGAUGUUGAGCGUGGUACUUUUUCACAACGUCACGCUGUUCUUCAUGACCAGGAGAAUGAGUCACAAUACGUGCCUUUGAAUGACCUUCGACCUGGGCAGGCCCGAUAUGUUGUGUGUAACUCUUCGCUUUCUGAAUUUGGCACUCUAGGUUUUGAACUAGGUUAUUCUUUAGUUGAUCCUAAUUCCCUCAUUUUAUGGGAAGCUCAAUUUGGUGAUUUUGUCAACAAUGCGCAGUGUAUAAUCGAUCAAUUCAUUUCAUCUGGUGAAAAGAAAUGGCUUCAACGCACCGGCUUAGUAGUCUUAUUGCCCCAUGGUUACGAUGGUCAAGGCCCUGAACAUUCUAGUGGACGUAUUGAGCGUUUCCUUCAACUUUGUGAUGAUCACCCCUAUAUUUACCCACCUCCAGAUAAAAUGUCACGUCAACAUCAAGAUUGCAAUAUGCAACUCAUUGUUUUCACGUCUAAAAGUCUUCUUCGACAUCCCAUGGCUCGGUCUACUCUUAAUGAAAUGGUCGGUGACACAUACUUUGCUAGAUAUAUACCAGAACCACAUCCUGAAACAUUGGUUGCGCCCGAAAAAAUUACGCGUCACAUUUUAUGCACUGGCCAAGUUUAUUAUGCUCUUCUGAGAGCUCGUGAACAAAACAAUAUGAAUCAUAUUGCUAUUUCCAGGAUUGAACAAUUGAGCCCGUUUCCAUAUGAUUUGCUAUCACAGCACGUCGACAAAUAUCCAAAUGCUAAACUUGUGUGGGUGCAAGAAGAACCUCUAAAUUCAGGUAAAGCUGCGGAGCCGGUUACUCGUCCACCAUCAGCAUCUCCUGCUACAGGAAAUAAAGCACAACAUAUACAGGAGGAACACGAACUAUUGUCUCAAGCUCUCAUCGGACAAAUAAUUAAACCAACAGAUGUCGUUUCAGGGGUGCCAGUGUGGAAAUAA